AGUCACACUGAACACGUGUUUGAAACACCAGAACCGCAGUUUAUACCGAAAUUAUCCACGUUUUUAACAGAAAGACCAUGGUUAAAGUGAAAACAGAGCGCUCCGAGGAUACCGAUGCCUCCGUGGUGGCCAGCGGUGAUGUUACCAUCAAGGAGGAGGAGUCCUACGACGACAAGAUGGUCUUCGUGAACGCCAUUGCCAAGCCGAUGGCAGGUAAAAAACUGGCGAAAAAGUGCUACAAACUGGUGAAGAAGGCCAUGAAGCACAAGACUUUUCUGCGGAAUGGACUCAAGGAUGUGCAGACCCGCCUGCGCAAGGGCGAAACUGGAAUUUGCAUCUUUGCUGGCGAUGUGACACCUGUGGACAUCAUGUGCCAUCUGCCCGCCGUUUGCGAGGAGAAGGGCAUUCCGUACACCUACACCCCUAGUCGAGCGGAUUUGGGAGCUGCCAUGGGCGUAAAGCGCGGUACAGUCGCCCUCUUGGUACGCCAAAACGACGACUACAAGGAUCUGUACGAUGAGGUCAAGGAGGAGCUCUCCGCGCUUAACAUACCCGUCUAGAUCCGUAGGAUUAGUUUCACCUACUAAUUAAGUACCUAGUUAAGUAAAAAAUCCAAAUAAACUCCAGCAAAUGCCGAUUUUUUGGCACCAAGAAA